AUGCCAUUUGAGGAGUCUAUAAAAGAUUUGAAGCCAAAUAAAUGGCCUACUCUUAAUUUCUCUGUUGAACAAAUGAAGACAGAUUUAAAAGAAUCAACAACAGAUGAAAACAGUGAUGAUGAAAUUGAUGCAGAUUCAAGUGGAAAAAAGCACAACACGUUUUCAUCCAGUUUAUUAAACGAUACUUAUCAGACGAUAAACAGCAAUGAUGAUGAUGAUGACGAUGGUGACAGUGAUGGCGACAACACUGACGAAGUGAAUCGGACAACCUCGAAUACAGAUAUUUCCAAAACACUAGCUGUAUUGAAUUAUUAUUACUGGUGGUUACAGUAUAUGUCCAAUGAAUUUUCACAUCCAAAUCAGUCAACAAAUCAAACAAUGGGGAAUUUAGGCUCGUCGAAUUUUUCAUCAAAUGGCAACUAUACAAACGACGAUUGA